AUGGCUGCUGGCUCAGAUACUGAAAGGCGGUUUCUCCACCGUAACCUGCAGCCACUGGUACUUCACGGCGUGACUCACACUGGCAAAACGAUGGGCAGAGGAUCCUACGGCGAUGUCGUGGAAGUGGCGAUUCCGGGGGCCCUCUGCGCGGCCAAGAAAAUCCACGAUUGGCUGACGAAACAGGACCCAGAUUGCAGAGUCCUGCCCGUCAUCCACCGCGACCUCUCCGCAAGAAAUAUCCUCCUCAACUCAGCAAUGACGGCCAAGAUUGCCGACCUCGGCAUGGCCAGAAUUAUGCCUCCAAAAAUAAAAGCCACUAUGACAAAAGCACCUGGCGCGUACAUCUACAUGCCUCCUGAAGCACUAGAAGACGUGUCAAAAUACAACGCUUCAAUCGACAUAUUCUCUCUGGGGGUCCUGAUCAUUUUCGUUCUGGCAGAAACGUUUCCAGACAAUCCUAAGGCCCCAACUUACACAGAUGAGGUGAAGGGACUACUGGCUCGAACAGAACUCCAGCGUCGCGAAAACUACACCAAGAAGCUGUACAGAGAGUUUACCAAAACCCACCCACUAAUCCAGCUAAUGGAGUCCUGCCUGGAGAACAUGCCAAAGAGACGACCAACAAAUGAUGGAGUACAGCAGAUUCUAGGCCAGGCAGCAGCUCUCGUCCAGGGAGAGGCUCAGUUAAACAAGCUGCAGCUGCUACAAAUGCUUGAUGGAAAGGCUGAGAGUGAGGAGCGUCUGGCAGACAGACUGGACGAGGCUAGAUCUGAACUAGACGUCAUGUCUGCCGAGGUCACGUCUCUCACAGCCCAGCUAAAGGAGAGAGAAGAAGAGGUGAAAGGGAAGGAGGCUCAGCUGAAAGAGAUGAAGAACAUGAACGCUGCUCUCGAGAAUCAGCUCACGGAGUACAUGGACGCUCUGGAGCUCCAGAACCAGAGUGUAAAGCGUUCGGUUGAGUCUCUUCUGAGGACCAGUGCUGAGGUGGCAGAAUACGAACAACAGAUGGCCCAGAUGACAGAGUAUAUGCGCAAACUGCAGCUAGAGUACCAGAGCGAGGAUCGACUGGAAGAGAUCAUCUCUCAAAAGGAUGCGUUUGAAAAGCAGUACAACGAUGCUAUCCAAGAAUUGGAGGAAAAGAAGCAGUUGCUGGAAGAAGAGAAGCAAAAGGCCCAGAAAACACUGCGAGAGAAAGAAGCAGAGCUGAGAAAGUUGAGGGCAGAGCGAGCCACCAAGGAAGAGAUUGAGACCAAAGAAAUCGAGAUCAUGUAUCUCAAGAAGAAAGUUCAGCAGCACCAGAUCACGGAGAAGGAGCUCAUGACAAAGAUUGUCGACCUCCAGCAGAAACUGGAGUCUGCAUGUGUGGGUUAG